AUGGAGGCGGCGGGAGGCGCCGAGGACCCUCCCGUCGGGACCCUCGUGGUGGAGGCGGCGGGAGAGGCCGGCCACGCCACCAAGACCCUGCCGGGCUCCCCAGGCCGGGGGGGCUCGAUUUUGGGGGGCUCAGGAGGGGGGGGCUCUCCCCCCACCCCCCUGCCCCCCCCCAGCCGUGCCAAAAUGUCCCUGACGGGGGCGGGGGGGGGCAAAACCCCCCCUGGCCAAAGCCUGGCCUUGCGCCUGCUCAGCCUCCCGGGGGGGGGUCCCGGGGGGAAGCCCCCCAAAAUUCACCGGGCCCGCAAGACCAUGGCCAAGCCCAGCAACGGGCAGGUGCCUGAGAAGCCGAGGAUGUCGGAGAUGCUGCACUUCAGGGUGUCCGAGGAGCUCUGCGGGAUGGGGCAGCACCACGGUGGGCUUGGGGGGUCUGAGGGGGAGGUGCCGGGCGAGGCCAUGAGCGAGGAGGAGGAGGAGGAGGAGGAGGAAGAAGAGGAGGAAGAAGAGGACGAGGAGGAAGAGGAGGAGGAAGAGGAGGAGGAGGAGGAAGAGGAUGAAGAGUCUGGGAACGCCUCGGAUCGGAGCGCGUCGAGCGCGCGGCGGCGCGUGCGGCGGCGCUGGAAGGAGAGCCCCUGGCUGAAACCCUCCCGCAAGAGGAAGAGGAAGGACCCCCGGGGGGGCAAGGACAGAGGCCCGGCGGAGGCGGAGCGCUUCGAGGAGCUGCCGCUGUGCUCGUGCCGCAUGGAGGCGCCCAAGGUGGAGCGGGGCGGGGACCGCGGGCUCUGCAUGGCCACCGAGAGCGUGGACGGGCAGCUGAGCGGGUGUGGCAGCAGCAUCCUGAAGCGCGAGACCAUGCGCCCCUCGAGCCGCGUGCCCCUGAUGGUGCUGUGCGAGAGCCACCGCGCCAGGAUGGUGAAGCACCAGUGCUGCCCGGGCUGCGGGCACUUCUGCACGGCCGGGACGUUCCUGCAGUGCCACCCUGGUGCCAACCUGUCCCCAGAGUCCAUUCAAGUUGCCCGCAUGCGGGGGCAGGGCGAGGGCCGCGCCCCCCCCCCGGACCCCCGGGCCGAGCCCAUCGACAGCUCGGGGGGGCCGGCGCUGGCCCUGCCCUCGGGGGGGGCCCUGAGCGCCCGGGGGCUCCCCCCGGGCCCCGCCCGCGAGCACCUGGAGAAGGCUCUGCUGGGCCAGGAGGCUGAGAGGAGGAAGAAGCUGCGCUUCCACCCCCGGCAGCUUUACCUGAGCGUCAAACAGGGGGAGCUGGGCAGGGUCAUCCUGAUGCUGCUGGACAACCUGGACCCCAACUUCCAGAGCGACGCGCAGAGCAAGCGCUCGGCGCUGCACGCGGCCGCGCAGAAGGGGCACCUGGAGAUCUGCCACCUGCUCAUCCAGGCCGGGGCCAACAUCAACGCCGUGGACAAGCAGCGCCGCACGCCGCUGAUGGAGGCCGUGGCGCACGACCAGCUGGAGACGGCGCGGUACCUGCUGCAGCGGGGGGGGUGUGCCUACAGCCAGGAGGAGGACGGCUCCACCUGCCUGCACCACGCGGCCAAAAACGGGAACCUGGAGAUGGUGGAGCUGCUGCUGAGCACCGGCCAGGUGGACGUCAACGCGCAGGACAGCGGGGGCUGGACCCCCAUCAUCUGGGCGGCCGAGCACAAACACAUCGAGGUCAUCCGGCGGCUGCUGACCCGCGGGGCCGACGUCACCCUGACCGACAACGAGGAGAACAUCUGCCUGCACUGGGCGUCGUUCACGGGCAGCGCCGAGAUCGCCGAGGUGCUGCUGAACGCGCAGUGCGACCUGCACGCCGUCAACUUCCACGGGGACACGCCCCUGCACAUCGCGGCCCGGGAGAGCUACCACGACUGCGUCAGCCUGUUCCUGUCGCGCGGGGCCGACCCCGAGGUGCGGAACAAGGAGGGCGACUCCCCCCUGGACCUGACCCCGGAGCGCUCCGAGGUGUGGGUGGCGCUGCAGCUGAACCGCAAACUGCGCCUGGGGGCGGCGGGCCGGGCGCUGCACACCGAGCGCAUCGUCAGCAGGGACGUGGCGCGGGGCCACGAGAACGUGCCCAUCCCGUGCGUGAACGGCGUGGACGAGGAGCCCUGCCCCCAGGACUACAAGUACAUCGCUGAGAACUGCGAGACCUCCACCAUGAACAUCGACCACAACAUCACCCACCUGCAGCACUGCACCUGCCAGGACGAUUGCUCCUCCUCCAACUGCCUCUGCGGGCAGCUCAGCAUCCGCUGCUGGUAUGACAAGGACGGGCGGCUGCUGCAGGAGUUCAAUAAAAUCGAGCCCCCCCUGAUCUUCGAGUGCAACCAGGCCUGCACCUGCUGGAGGAGCUGCAAGAACCGCGUGGUGCAGAGCGGCAUCAAGGUCCGGCUGCAGCUGUACCGCACGGCCAAGAUGGGCUGGGGGGUGCGGGCGCUGCAGGCGAUCCCCCCCGGCACCUUCAUCUGCGAGUGGUGGCCCCGCCCCCUGACGGUGGCCCCGCCCCUUUUGCGACAGGACGGCGAGGUUUACUGCAUCGACGCCCGUUACUAUGGCAACGUGAGCCGCUUCAUCAACCACCUGUGCGACCCCAACAUCAUCCCCGUGCGGGUGUUCAUGUUACACCAGGACCUGCGCUUCCCCCGCAUCGCCUUCUUCAGCAGCCGCCACAUCCGCCCCGGGGAGGAGCUGGGGUGGGCUUUGAUAGGGUUUGAUAAGGUUUAAUUGGGUUUGAUUGGGGUUUGAUAGGGUUUAUUGGGGUUUAUUGGGGUUUAUUGGGGUGCCAGGUGUUCAUGUUACACCAGGACCUGCGCUUCCCCCGCAUCGCCUUCUUCAGCAGCCGCCACAUCCGCCCCGGGGAGGAGCUGGGGUGGGCUUUGAUAGGGUUUGAUAAGGUUUAAUUGGGUUUGAUUGGGGUUUAUUGGGGUUUAUUGG